GUUUUUUUUUUGUGGUAAUCCACACCGGCAUAUAACAUUUAACCCUGAUGUCGGGCGAUUGAAAGCUCCUUAAGUGGCAAGUGGAGAUCCACCACACUGAAAAAAACAAAAACAAGAUCACUUCGAUUAUUUUUGUAUCAUCACUUGUUGCGUUUUUGAAUUUGAAGCUAUUUUGGGCUAUUGUUUCAAAACUUGGUACAACUUAUAAGGCAUUCCGAUCACUAUGCUCUUAUUAAGCACUAUUCAAUAUUUUUUCCCCUGUGCAGUGUGAACUGCCAUUUAAAAAUAAUUGUAAAUAGGUUUUUGUUUUUCCCAUCGUCUGCUAUUUUUAGCCGCCAAUAAGAAUUUGCUUAGGGCUUUAUCUGGCUCCCAAGAAGAAGAGUGCGAAAAGGGUAACGACUACGUUGUUCCCGGCACGUUAACACAAAAAUUGUGCGUAAACAAAAUUGUAAACAAAGAUUACGUAGUAAUCUACCAUAUCUCUGCAUGCUUUUGUAAUAUGUGGGCGCUAUAGUGGGCGUGGUCUUUGACAUUGAAACAUUGUAUUGGCAAAAAAAAACUAUUGCUAGUUUUUACGGGUUGUAGGCGAUAGUGUAACAUUAAUAUAGGUUAUAACUUAUAUACUAGAUCUAUAUAUACUAGAUUUAAGUACUGUCGUGCAAAUUGUAAGCAGAUAACACUAAUUGGAACACCAUAGCAUGCAUAUAAGAGCAAAUUGUAUUUGUGAAAGUCCAGAGAAAAUCUUAAAAUGUCAGUCUUUACGGUCACUAUAUUCGUACUAUCACUAGUUCUCCAUAGUCUGGCCGAGAAUUUUUGCAGGCAGGAUCUCUGUUCCAAAGGAACCACCCAUAUAGCGUGUCAGAAUGUAAACGGAUCCUUUGGUAGCUCUUGUCCCAAAGAUGCAACCGUGAUUAAACUCAAUCUUGGGGAUAAAAAUGCUCUGAUCAAGGCCCACAACUUGGUGAGACAAAAGUGGGCUAGUGGCAAGGCAAAAAUUAAAAGGACCGCCUGCAAAAUGGCCAAAAUGGAAUGGAAUAAGGACCUGGAAAAGAUGGCACUUUUAAAUGCCAAAACAUGUCUUAUGGGACAUGAUGAGUGUCACAAUACGGAAAAGUUUCGGCUAUCUGGACAGAAUCUAUUCGCCAUGGGAUUUUGGCAUACUGGGAUAACGAAAACUAAGAUGAAUAUGACGUUAAGCAUGCUCUUCGAGACGGCAGUUCAAAAGUGGGCAGGCGAGGAAAAGGACAUUACCGCCGAGGACUUAAAGAAAACGCCCCUUAAUCCACCAGAAGUUAUUGGCCACUUGACCGUUUUGAUCAACGAGAAAAGUAACGCUGUGGGUUGUGGCUUAGUUUCAUAUAAUCUGGGUAUAAUCAGGCGAUACAAUCUGGCCUGUAACUACGCUCAUACAAAUGUUAUUGGCGAGCGUGUUUAUGAAGAAUGCGCCAAGGCAGGCAGUGAGUGCCCAAAGGGAGUUGACUUAAAGUAUCCACCGCUAUGUGCAAAAAUACAAUGAUUUUAAAGCGAUUUAG